GUCUACAGAAGUGACAUCUACAGUAGCAGACACCACCCCUACGAUAACUUCAACGGCUUCUACAAGUGCACAGGAGUCUACGGAAGUGACAUCUACAGCAGCAGCGACGGCCUCUGCAACAACAAUGACGAAUGGUACAGCAGCGUCAACACCAUUCUCGACGGAUUCGGCCACUACAGCAGUCUCGACAUUGUCUACAGCAGAACCAACAUUGUCUACAUCAGUGGCAUCAACUGUCUCUACAUCAGUGGUAUCUACAGAAUCAUCUACAUUGUCUACAGUAGCAGACACCACCCCUACGAUAGCUUCAACGGCUUCUACAAGUGCACAGGGGUCUACGGAAGUGACAUCUACAGCAGCAACGACGGCCUCUGUAACAACAAUGACGAACGCUACCGCAGCGUCAACACCAUUCUCGACAGAUUCGGCCAAUACAGCAGUCUCGACACUGUCUACUUCAGAACCAACAUUGUCUACAUCAGUGGCAUCAACUGUCUCUACAUCAGUGGCAUCUACAGAAUCAUCUACAUUGUCUACAGUAGCAGACACCACCCUUACGAUAGCUUUAACGGCUUCUACAAGUGCACAGGGGCCUACGGAAGUGACAUCUACAGUAGCAGACACCACCCCUACGAUAGCUUCAACGGCUUCUACAAGUGCACAGGGGUCUACAGAAGUGACAUCUACAGUAGCAGACACCACCCCUACGAUAACUUCAACGGCUUCUACAAGUGCACAGGAGUCUACGGAAGUGACAUCUACAGCAGCAACGACGGCCUCUGCAACAACAAUGACGAACGCUACAGCAGCGUCAACACCAUUCUCGACGGAUUCGGCCACUACAGCAGUCUCGACAUUGUCUACAGCAGAACCAACAUUGUCUACAUCAGUGGCAUCAACUGUCUCUACAUCAGUGGUAUCUACAGAAUCAUCUACAUUGUCUACAGUAGCAGACACCACCCCUACGAUAGCUUCAACGGCUUCUACAAGUGCACAGGGGUCUACGGAAGUGACAUCUACAGCAGCAACGACGGCCUCUGCAACAACAAUGACGAAUGGUACAGCAGCGUCAACACCAUUCUCGACGGAUUCGGCCACUACAGCAGUCUCGACAUUGUCUACUUCAGAACCAACAUUGUCUACAUCAGUGGCAUCAACUGUCUCUACAUCAGUGGCAUCUACAGAAUCAUCUACAUUGUCUACAGUAGCAGACACCACCCCUACGAUAGCUUCAACGGCUUCUACAAGUGCACAGGGGUCUACAGAAGUGACAUCUACAGCAGCAACGACGGCCUCUGCAACAACAAUUACGAACGCUACAGCAGCGUCAACACCAUUCUCGACGGAUUCGGCCACUACAGCAGUCUCGACAUUGUCUACAGCAGAACCAACAUUGUCUACAUCAGUGGCAUCAACUGUCUCUACAUCAGUGGCAUCUACAGAAUCAUCUACAUUGUCUACAGUAGCAGACACCACCCCCACGAUAGCUUCAACGGCUUCUACAAGUGCACAGGGGCCUACGGAAGUGACAUCUACAGCAGCAACGACGGCCUCUGUAACAACAAUGACGAACGCUACAGCAGCGUCAACACCAUUCUCGACGGAUUCGGCCAAUACAGCAGUCUCGACAUUGUCUACUUCAGAACCAGCAUUGUCUACAUCAGUGGCAUCAACUGACUCUACAUCAGUGGCAUCUACAGAAUCAUCUUCAUUGUCUACAGUAGCAGACACCACCCCUACGAUAGCUUCAACGGCUUCUACAAGUGCACAGGGGUCUACGGAAGUGGCAUCUACAGCAGCAACGACGAACUCUACAGCAGCGCCAACAACAUUCUCUACGGAUUCGGCCACUACAGCAGUACCGACAUUGUCUACAUUAGUGGCAUCUACAGAAGCCUCCACAGCCUUAACGACGACCUCGGGGCCUACGGAAGUGACAUCUACAGUAGCAGACACCACCCCUACGAUAACUUCAACGGCUUCUACAAGUGCACAAGGGUCUACGGAAGUAACAUCUACAGCAGCGACGACGGCCUCUACAACAACAAUGACGACCUCUACAGCAGCACCACCAACAGUUGCACCGGCUAUUUCUACGACAAUAUCAGGGUCAUCUCUUACACCUGAAGCAAAUACAAUUUAUCCAACUCGUAAACCAAACAUAGAUGUAAAUAAUUACGGAUUUAAAUUGUCUGUAAGAUCCAACGAACCAUUUAAUGACAAUCUUACCGACAAAACAACUGAUAUAUACAAAUCAUACGAAGCAAACUAUACUGAAGGUCUUACGGAGGCGUUUAAAGGAACAGAUGGAUUCAAAGAAAUCGAAGUACUGGGAUUUAAAAAUGGAAGUAUAAUAUGUGAUUAUAAUGCUGUAUUUGAUUUACUUGAAACCAGUGAAAACACAACAAAACAAAUCAACACAACUGUUGUAGAGAGGAUUAAUAAUAUUAUUACCCUACCAGCACCUGUUGAUAAGAACUACACAAAACGACAAAUAGACAACUUUACAAAUUCUGGUGAAGCAGCUAGAUUUACCGAUCCUUGUAUAGAUGCAUGUCCUACUGGUAGCACGUGUAGUAGAACGUCUAACAAUGGUUUAAUCUGUAGAGAUUCGUGUGAUGGUUUUAACUGCGGUAAAUACGGUACAUGUGUUUUACAUUUAGGACAACCCAAGUGUAGAUGUGAUGAGACGUCUGAUGUGAUAUACAGUGGAGAGAAAUGUGAUGAAGAAAUAGAGAAACUAUUAUUAUCAACAAAUUAUAUCAUUAUUAUAAGUUGUAGUAUAUUUGGUGUUAUUAUCAUCAUCACUAUUAUCAUAGUUAUUGUGAUUAAAAGGAGAGCACGUCUACAGACAAAAUAUUAUGAUUUUGAGAGCAUUUCAUCGUACAACCCGGCACUGGGCGAAGAAAACAUUAACGAAUCAACUACUGAUGGACGUAUGAGAUCUGAUACAGAUGCACAUAAGAAUUAUAUAAAUCAACUUAGUGAUAUUAGUCCAUCUGGUCGCUCGUUUUAUGAACACAUCGACACGGAAACCACGUUUGUGAUUCGGCGCCCGAAGAUAAAAGUUUAUGGCCAAGAUAACUUGACAAGUUAUAUAAAAACGGAGAUUUGAAAUCAGAUUGUCUUUAUAAAUAAUGUUUGGGAAAGUCAGGGGUGCUUGGCAGUGUGGAGGUCGGGUUUG